UGCGUACAACUACGGCAAAACGCCUCAGUGUGUGGAAGUGAUGCUACACAUAUAGGCACACCUGCUCCGUUGCACUGACAGUCCAUGAGUUUUUCUCAAAAUUGAUAUUCUCUAUCACCCUGCCAAACCACGGGAUGCCGUUAAAUUACGCGUCCGAGGACGGCUUAAAUGAUUUACAAGUUCUUUAGUCGUUAAUUAAACGCACAAAAAUGAAAAGAACAACUUCACCAAACAGUUUAAGUACAUGCGAGGUGCAUUCCCAGGUUUUCCUGUGAUGACUGUAUGAAUGCACUGAAAUAAGAAGUCCUGCACAUUGACAACCCUAUUUGGAGCACCACUAUCUCUCCGCGCGCGUGGGAUUCAAGCAGUAGCCAGGCGCGAGACAUCUGAGGAAUUACAUCUUCUCUUCUAAAAGUCAUUCACAGAUGUUUUUCGCUGUUCGUGCGUGGACCGUGGACUUUUUCAUGGACAUGGAUCGUUUUUUCUAGUUGGAUACCGACUGGUCACUACGUGAAGCAGUUUGAUUCUGGGAUUUUCUUCAGUCUGCACGGCACUUCAUCUCCUCCAGUAGUGAUGCCGCUACGUGACGGGAAUUGAGAGUUCCUUAUUCACUGAGAAAUCCGAGCAGACCUUGCAGAUCUUUGAAGAGAGUGCAACACCUACUCUGAGUAUGGACUUGGCAAGUGAGACCCAUGUUCUGGUGGUUUUACUCACCUGCCUAUUCUUGAUGUGCCGGGCUCAAGAGAAGGACUACACAGUAAAAGAGGAGCAGCCGGAGAAUGUGCGCAUCGGAAACCUGCGCAAAGACCUAAACUUGAACCUAGAUCCAGACAUUAAACUGUCUUCAGCGCUGCAGUUUAAACCUGUCUACAAGACAGGUGAUGUGCCUUUGGUCAAGGUAGAAGCCAGCACAGGAGAGAUUUUCACCACAGCCAACCGCAUCGACCGUGAGAAACUCUGCUCCGGAGUCUUCAACGAGAAACGCUGCUUUUACGAGAUCGAGGUUGCCGUGCUACCAGACGAGAUUUUCCGACUGGUCAAGAUACGCUUCCUCAUCGAAGACAUCAACGACAACGCCCCACUCUUCCAAUCGACGGUUAUCAACAUCUCCAUUCCAGAAAACACAGCCAUCAACAGUCGCUACCCUGUCCCUUCUGCAUUUGACCCUGAUAUAGGAAUCAAUGGGAUUCAACACUACGAGCUUGUCAAGAGUGUGAGCGAAUUUGGCCUGGACAUCAUUGAGACGCCUGAAGGAGACAAAUGGCCUCAACUCAUAGUCCAGCAGAGUCUCGACCGGGAGACGAAAGACACCUUUGUGAUGAAAAUUAAAGUUGAGGAUGGUGGCACACCUCCAAAGUCCAGCACAGCCAUUCUGCAGGUGACUGUCUCAGAUGUGAAUGACAAUCGGCCGGUGUUCAAGGACAGUGAGGUGGAGGUAAACGUUCCUGAGAAUGCCCCAAUGGGAACAUCUGUCACUCACCUUCAUGCCACAGAUGCUGAUCUGGGGUCCAAUGCUCAGAUUCACUUCUCCUUCAGCAACCAAAUCUCCCCUGCCACCAAACGACAUUUUGCUAUUGACAGCACAACUGGACUGAUUACCGUCAAGCAGCCAUUGGACAGGGAAGUCAACCCAGUGCACAAGCUUAUAGUGCUGGCCAGUGACGGAAGCUCUACCCCUUCAAGGGCUACAGUGAUAGUCAACGUAACAGACAUUAAUGACAAUGUCCCCUCUAUAGACACCCGUUAUAUAAUUAAUCUAGUUAAUGGCACUGUGCUGUUGUCUGAAAAUGCCCCCCUUAACACAAAAAUAGCUCUAAUUACUGUGACAGACAGAGAUGCAGAUCUGAACGGUAAAGUAACUUGUUACACUGAUCAUGAUGUACCUUUCAGACUGAAGCCGGUCUUCAACGACCAGUUUUUGCUUGAAAUUGCCGCACCUUUAGAUUUUGAGACCACUCGCGAGUAUGCCAUUAGGAUAGUCGCAUCUGACUCUGGGAAACCUCCUUUAAACACUUCGGCAAUGGUUCUGAUUAAAAUCAAGGAUGAGAAUGACAAUGUCCCAGUUUUCCCUCAACCUGAAAUCCAGUUGUCCAUUCCAGAAAACAAUGACCCCGGCACACAGUUGAUAAAAAUCAGUGCAACAGAUGCCGAUAGUGGUUCUAAUGCCCUUAUUAUUUACAGUCUUGGGCCAGAUGCUCCUGAUGGGUUUAACAUAGAUCCCCGGUCUGGUAUCCUUUCUGUUGUCAAAAGGCUGGAUAGAGAGAAGCAGGAGAAGUAUUCAUUCACAGUCAUUGCCAGGGAUAAUGGUUCCACCGCUCUUCAAAGCAAUGUCACCGUAAAGCUAAUAGUCCAAGACCAAAAUGAUAACACUCCGUCCUUUACCCACUCCGAGUACAACUUCUAUGUGCCUGAGAACCUGCCUUUGUAUGGAACAGUUGGUUUGAUCACUGUCACGGAUGCAGAUGCUGGCGACAAUGCAGUCGUCACCCUCUCGAUCAUAAAUGGAAAGGACAAUUUCAUUAUCGACCCAAAAACCGGGGUGAUUAAACCAAACAUUACCUUUGACAGGGAGCAACAAAGUUCCUACACAUUUGUUGUCAAGGCUGUGGACGCAGGUCAAAUGCAAACCACCUCAUAUGCCCAGGUCACCAUAAACGUUGUUGAUGUGAAUGACAAUCGACCAGUGUUUGUCAUCCCGUCCUCAAACUACUCCUAUGAUCUAGUACCUUCAACCACCAGCCCUGGAUCUGUGGUGACCAGAGUGUUUGCCAUUGACAAUGACACGGGUAUGAACGCAGAGCUGCAGUAUAGUAUUAUUGGAGGGUCGCCGAGAGGAUUGUUUGCCAUUGACAAAACGACGGGCAACAUUACUCUGCAGGAGAAGAUUAUAGGGACAGACCAAGGUCUCCAUAGGCUAGUGGUAAAGGUUAAGGAUUUGGGACAGCCUGAGUCCUUACAUGCAAUUGCCCUUGUUCAUUUGUUUGUGAAUGAUACUGUCUCCAAUGCCACGUUCAUCCAGGAGCAACUACGCAAGAGUUUGGAGACUCCCUUGGAGCGGAACAUUGGGGACAACGAUGUGACACCCCAGACCAAUGGCUAUGUGAUUGUCGUUAUUGCCAUAAUUGCUGGGACUAUGACUGUUAUCUUGGUGAUCUUUGUGACUGCUCUGGUACGCUGUCGACAGACACCGAGACACAAAGUUGUCCAGAAGAGCAAGCAGAGUGGUGAGUGGGUAUCACCAAACCAGGAAGGUCGGCAGAUUAAAAAGAAAAAAAAGAAGAAGAAGAGGUCUCCAAAAAGUUUGCUGUUGAAUUUCGUAACCAUCGAGGAAUCCAAGUCCGAUGACCCUACCCAUGAGCACAUCAAUGGCACCUUAGACCUCCCCGUUGAACUUGAGGAGCAGACAAUGGGAAAGUACAACUGGGCUACCACACCGACUACCUUCAAACCUGACAGUCCUGACUUAGCCAAGCACUACAAAUCCGCUUCCCCUCAGCCAACAUUCCAGAUCAAACCAGAGACCCCUGUGGCUCCCAAGAAGCAUCAUGUCAUCCAGGAACUCCCGCUGGACAACACAUUCGUCGUGGGCUGUGACUCACUAUCCAAAUGUUCCUCCAGCAGCUCCGAUCCCUACAGUGUUUCAGAAUGCAGCUGUCAAGGGAGCUUCAAGGCACCUGGACAAAUCCACACCAGACAGAACCAGAGCCAGACCCCAGAUAAAACAUUCUCUAUUGUCCCAGCCACGUGCCCUCACAAGCAGACCCAACGCCGCGUGACCUUUCACCUCCCGGACGGUUCUCAGGAGAGCUGCAGUGACAGCGGGCUUGGAGAGCAGGAACCCAACAGCGGUGCCAGCACCACCCAGCCUCUGCCCUUGGGCUUCCCUCAGGAAGAGUACUAUGAACAGACCUCACCGAACAGCCGCACUGAGGGUGACGGCAACUCCGACCCCGAGUCCACUAUUGAAGUCAACCUGCAGAAGGCUCUCGCCGAAGCCUCGGAGACCUGUACCCAGGAAUGUCUGAUCCUGGGUCAUUCUGACAGCUGCUGGAUGCCGCCAGCGCUGACCCAAUUCCAGACGUCCGGUGCCGCCACUCUGCCCUCCUUUGGUUUUCAACAAAGCUGGGCGCGGGGGACCAAGCCAGAUGGGCGUCACACUCUUGGCAGGUCAGUGCCCAAAGAUGAUCUGGACAAAGGGAGCAACCGGCCCCAAUUCUACAACACACUUGAGAGACACUGCAGCAAGAAAGAGGAUACUAUCAAGGUCAUCCCUCUAGCCAGCUUUUCCGCCACGUCCAGCCCUCAGACGUCCGCGAGUGGAGGCUCCUUCCUGCGCGAGCAUCAGCUGUAGAAGCGAGGGUAGGCCUCGGAGCACGGCAUAAUGAGAGUGAUUGAAAACGAAAAGCUGACGGGUUCUGAUGAUUAUUAGCAUCUGUCAAACGUUUCUUGACACGAGAUGUUUUUAAACACGCCAGAAGGGGAAGUUAAAGCAAAAGACAGUAGCUUUCAAUAACCUCAAUGAAACUGAAACAUGUAAAGUAGACAAAUGGUAGAUAUAGACCAAAGUAGCUACACAAGUAAAAAAUGAAAACGAAAAAAAAAAGUGGUUUAAAUGUGUCUUAGUGACAGAUUAGUGGCAAAUGAAUUUAGCUUUACUGUUGAUCAAAAGGGACGAGAUUUUUAUUUCUUUUUUGUGCACCUUUUGAGUGCAGCUUGACAGCAAAUUAAUUUUAAGUGUACACUGCUGGAAGACAUCAUUGCAUACGUUCACAUGCGCACCGAUAUUCAUACAUAAUUAUUAAAUUGAAGUAUUUAAAAAUAAAAAAAAAACACUCAUGUUCUUGUUACUUGUGUGCAUAUUCUGCACAUUAUUUGGUCUUAUUAUAAAUCCGCAUCCUUGCACGUCUGCAUUUCAGCAGUUAGCGGUCUUCGUGGGUUUAAUUGGUGCUCACUAACGCAAAGCCAGAGCUUAUUUCUUUGUGCUUUGCACAUAAACACAGACACGCUCAUAAACAAAACAAUGAAAAUUAGGCUCUGGAGUUAAGAACCGCAUUUGGAAUAUUACGACACAUGUAAGCAUAGUCAAUAAGGUCAAGUGUUAUGUGUGAGCGCUCGGUGACCCUGGUAUUUCUUUUGGCUUCGGUGAGGUGCGUCGUCUCCAGCUGAAUUUCCGCCUGAGUCAGUUUUAUUCUGCUAAAGAGACGUUGUUCCAUGCCCCUUAAUGUGCAGCUUGCUCUGUCAAGACUACAGAUACAGCUAAGCCUCUCAGCAAAAAUUAGUCUUGCUUGGUGUUAACACAGAAACUUUUAUAUAUAAGGUGUUUUUUUUUUUCUUCUUUAACUUUGACGUUAGCUCUUUUCUCCCCGGUGAGCUUAGAGCCUUCCUCAGAUUUUUAGUGUGUUGGUAGUUUCCAUGCACCUGACACCCUUUCUCUCCCAUUAUAAAAAGCCCGCUUAUUUUCUACAUUAUCUCAUUAGCUGAGGCUCAGACAUGGCUAAAAAGACAUCCUUUGUUUUUUCGCACCCCUACAUACAUUAUAUAUAUAUAAUGUAUGCACCACAAUAAGUGUCAUGGAACCAAUUACAAGAAUCUCCCAAUAGUAUAAUUACUUUGAUCAGUAAUCACUGUAACAGAAGCCGAGUACUGCUCUAUAAUAGUAUAAUUGGCUACCUUCUGUGUGUGCGUGUGUGCGUAUGUGACUGCUCGUUAGCUAGCGCACUUCUUUUUAAACUUUGCGAAAAAAUUAAGCGUUUGUGAGAUUUAUAUAUAACGAUGUCAAAGAAACAGCCUUAAGAUGUAGAUGUGUAUUGUAUGGAUGUGAUGACUGCUUAUUGAAGUAGAAGUUUGCUUACAAUCGUGUCACAUUUUUGUCGAAACAUUCAGUAUAUUCAAACAGAGACAUCAAGUAACCCCUUAAAGAGGCUGUGCGGAUUGAGAAAUCAGCACAAAUUUAAUUCGCUAACAGUCCUCAUAUACUGAUGACACAGAAAUAUUUGGGUCAGUGAUCCAAAAAAUGACUUCACUAUAAAAUAGUGUGCGUGCCAGCGACAAGAGACGUGUCACAGCGAAGACGUGUUGGAAGUGUGUUGAUGUGAGAGAACUGACAAUCACUCUGGCAGCUGUUCCCUAAACAACAAUAUAAAAUCUGCCGAACACUCAUGAUUGAGAGGAAUAAUUGCAGUGUGGGACUCUAUCAAUGGAAGGAAGCAGUGCCCUGUGCUAGCUGUGACUGUAUUGUUGAGACAAGAGUAUCGAGUGACGGUGUAAGGACAGCGACUCAACUCGCACUCUCCUAAUCCACACAAUAAAUCGGAAAAGCUCGAAAGACAAGGUGUGAAAUACUAAUAUAAGCCGUAGUGUCUGUAUUGCAUAACACAGUUUGAAAAUCUUUGCUUUGUGUUCAUACAUCACACCACAGAAUGCACUAAGUUGCAAAUUAUUUAAAAGAUUAGCAUCAGUUUUUGGAAGUCUUUUGAGCUUACAAUAAUUAAAAACAAUGAGCUGUUGAGUCUAAUAACACAUUCAAAAUGUUCAGAACUGCAUAAUUUUAGUGGUUUUACAUUCUUAAAGUCAACAUGAAAUCAAAGCUGACCCUAUAAACUGUUAUUCCUGCAGAGGAGCCAAUAUCUUUAUCUCUUACAAUCUUGCACAAAAUAUUCAUAUCUAUAUUCGUAGGUGGGUGGUGCUUUAAUCAGAAGUUCGUAAUAUUGCUUUACAUUUUAAAUGUAAUUAUGUUCCCUUCGUGGUUAUUUAACAAAUAACCCCUGUAUAACAAUGUUUUUUUUUAUUUUUUUAUUUUUUUAUUUUUUUUAUAAAUAACUACAAGUGAACAUUUAUUAAAAUAUCGUAUAAUAUUAUAUCUGAGCCAAUAUGCAUUCCAAUGGCAAAUCUGAAUAAAUGUUAAAGAAUACAUAGCCUAAAGACAGUUUGUCCAAGAUAAUGAGACAGAAAACAUCAUGUAGCCUAUUGUAUAAUACAAGUUUUUAAAGUUCAAAUAGACAUCAAGUAGUAGAAAAUCUGUGUGAUUCGGUCUUAGUUGAUAUUAGUUUUGACAGAGAGCAGGACUUUUUUUAAGUUUCAUAAAGCAAACAUUUUGAAAAAUCACAUUUUUUGUAAGACUACAUCCAGAUCAGAUUGAGAACGAUGAUCAAAAACACAGAUGGAGUGGAUUGAGUGGAGCUUGACACUCCCAAAGUUACACAGUCCAAUAGCUUGUCCUGGCUUGACAUUUCAUUCAGUAAAAUUAGCCCGUUUUGAUUUGUAUGCCGUUUAAUGUCAAUCACAUUAUUUUACAUAUGGAGUUGAUUUAUAUAUUGACUGUUUCUGCAUCUUCUUCACAUGCGCUUUGAUCAGGAGAUUCUGUACUCUUUCAGAAGAUGUCUAAUAGCGCCCCCUACCGUAUAACAUUGAAAACAUGGAAAAUACAGACAUUGUCUCACAAAUUAUGGAAAUUUCUGUCAAUGGUGGGAAAUCCUGUUUUUUUUUUUUUUUUUUUUUUUCUUUUUUUAAGGGGGGUGGGUUCUUGGAAUAUUCGAUUUCUAUCAUAAAUUACCACAUACACAGAAUAAAAUAAAUGCUUUGCAAAUGCUAUUUCAUGUUGACUUUAUACAUGUAUGCACUUGAAGAUAAGUAUUUUCUGAAAUCUGAAAUUGACAUUUUUGAGUAGUGGAGCAACUACAUUAGUGCCAAAGGUUUAAAUAAGUAAAGAGGACAAAAAUGUGCGAGAAUGGAUGAACAACAACAAUAUUUGUGACUGAUAAAUAAAUGCAUAGAAAAUUUCAGUAUGCAUGGUAAUUCUCCCCUCUAGCACUUUUGUACUUUUCUAAAAAAGUUGGUUCCCUGAUGUAUCAUGUAAGCAGCCUUGAUAAUGAGGUAGUUCUUUCAUCUGAAACAAACGUAUAUUUGUGUAUUUUGAUUUUUAUUUUUGAUCGUUUUUUUCUGGAAAAUAUUAUGGCAGAUCAUCUCAGUAGUCAGGCAUCUUCAUUUGCAUGUGUUCCUGUUGACCUUCGCUGGCUGACUGUUCUGCAGCACUAAACUCUUGUUCUGACACUAAUCAGAAUCUGUGUACUGUCAAAUCUCUCGGGUUGUAUUAUAGUUAGUAUGAAGGAUUAGAAUGGCAUCACACUUUUUGCAUCCAACACGUCGAUACACAAAUCAAAUAAAUUUUUAUCAUUACCAUAGGGAAAAAAAAAAAAAAAAAAAGGAAGAAAAAAAAAGCAAGAGUAAAGUGUACAUAGAUAUACUUAGCAUUAAGCCCGGGAAAAA